AUGAGUGAGCCCUACAUAGAGAAAGAACAAAAUCCGGUAGAACUUGCAGAUUCUGUACCCGUUGAAGAUGGAAUAUUUGAGCAUUCUUCAUCUUCAUCAGCAAGCGAUGCAAAAAGGAAUCAUAAUGAUCUUGAAUCUCACAAAUCAGGAGAUGCUGAUCAAAUGGAUGAUGGAAUGGCAAAUAUCUUAUCACAAUAUAGCGAGAAGCAGGUCAUUCAAAUGGGUAGAAACUAUGCAUUGAAGCAUGGACUUGACGCUGAUUUAUUUGGAAAAGCUGCCGCCUUGGCUCGUACUCCCACAGAAUUUAAUUCCAUGAGUAUAUUAAGUGAAGAAGAAAAGAUUGCCCUCAAUUUGGAAGCUACCAAGAAAUGGCACAUACCAAAGACUCUUUUUGCAGUCAUUGCAAUGGCCUCUAUGGCUGCAGCAGUCCAAGGAAUGGACGAAUCUGUGAUUAACGGAGCUAAUCUCUUCUAUCCUGGAGUGUUGGGAAUUGGGAGUGAUUCAAUGAAAGAUUCUUGGUUAGAAGGAUUAGUCAAUGGAGCUCCAUAUUUGUGCUGCGCAGUGAUUUCAUGUUGGUUAGCAGAUCCCAUGAACAGGAUGCUAGGUAGAAAGUGGACUAUUUUCUGGACAUGUUUCAUAUCAUUUAUCACUUGUAUAUGGAGUGGUUUAGUAAAUAAUUGGUAUCAUUUAUUUAUUGCAAGAUUUUUCUUGGGGUUUGGUAUUGGUAUCAAGUCAGCUACAGUACCAGCAUAUUCAUCAGAAUGUGCACCAGCUCACAUUAGAGGUGCUUUAGUCAUGUUGUGGCAAUUCUUCACUGCGGUUGGUAUAAUGUUCGGAUAUGUUGCAGUAUUGGCGUUUUAUUAUGUGGGAUCUCAUGGUAUUGGAGAUGGUCUUAACUGGAGAUUGAUGUUGGGAUCUGCUGCCAUUCCAGCUCUAAUUGUGAUGUUCCAAGUUCCAUUUGUUCCUGAGUCUCCUCGUUGGUUGAUGGGUAAGGGAAGGCACAAAGAAGCCUUUGAAUCUUCCUGUCAGCUUAGGCAUGACAAAAUAUCUGCAGCAAGAGACAUUUUCUACCAAUAUGUCUUACUAAGUGAAGAAAGCUCUUAUGCUGGAAUCCCCACAUGGAAGCGUGCUAUUGAAAUGUUUACGAUUAGACGUAAUAGAAAUGCUACUCUAGGUUCUUGGAUAGUGAUGUUUAUGCAACAGUUCUGUGGAAUUAAUGUAAUUGCAUAUUAUUCUUCUUCAAUUUUCAUUGAAUCCAAGAUGGGUGUCAUUCCUUCACUACUUGCCUCUUGGGGAUAUGGUAUGCUUAAUUUUGUAUUUGCCAUACCAGCAUUUUACACAAUUGAUUCCUUUGGUAGAAGAAAUCUUUUGCUAGUGACUUUUCCCUUAAUGUCUAUUUUUUUGUUAAUGGCUGGUUUUGCAUUUUGGAUUGAAGAUCUUCACACAAGGGCAGGGGUUGUUAUCACAGGUAUCUAUUUAUUCACUUGUGUGUACUCUUCAGGUGAAGGUCCAGUCCCAUUUACUUAUUCCGCUGAGGCAUUCCCGUUGUAUAUUCGUGAUUUGGGUAUGGGAUGGGCCACUGCAACAUGUUGGUGCUUUAAUUUUAUUUUGGCUUUAACUUGGCCAUCAAUCCUAAAAGCUUUCAAACCUCAAGGUGCUUUUGGUUGGUAUGCCGCCUGGAAUAUUGUUGGAUUCUUCUUGGUAUUAUGGUUCCUCCCAGAAACAAAGGGAUUGACCUUGGAAGAUCUAGAUGAUGUUUUUGCAGUAAGUACAGCCAAGCAUGCUAAAUGGCAAACACAACACAUUUUAAAUAACUUUCAAAGGUACAUUCUCAGAAGAAAUAUCAGUCCACUUCCUCCAUUGUACAAACAUCAAAGAAUGGCUGUUACAAACCCUGAUUGGAAUGACAAGUCUGAAGUUGAACACGUGGAAGAUAGUUGA